GUCGGUCGGGCGAGUCGUGCUUACUCGUCGCAGUGGCCCUUAACGUUAAAGUUUCUUUUCCCUCUCUGACUGACCGACCGACCCUCUAUCCCGCGAACACGAUCGCUCACCCUAUCCGCUACCUUUGCAUACCCGUAAAAAUAUAUUUCGACUUUAUCUCCCGUCUGCUCGUCGUCCCCGAUCGCGCACGGUCUCGAUCCCGUCGCGUUCCGUUAUUUUUUCAUACCCUCCCCCAACCCCCGUCCGCGAUCGGUGAACACGGCCACGUGAGUACGUAUUGGCGUAGGUGAGCGCGCGCGCUCGCGACGAUCAUGACCGCCGCCGGUGCGUACGACCGCCGCCGCCGCUGUCCGAACCGCAACGACGGCGCCGCUUGACGUUCGACCCGACCGCGGCCACUGCGUACCGCGCACGGCCACAGCGAUAACGUCGCGCGCACAAACAGUCGCGGCGCCGAGUCGUUCGUGUAGGUGGGUGCGUGCAUGCGUCAACAUGAUGGACCAUUUCUACUGGGAUCACCAUCAGCAGCAUCAUCACGUGCCGCCACCUCCGCAUAACUAUCAUCACCAGCAACAGCAGCCGCCGCCUCCGCCUCCGCCGCCGCAGCCGCAGCCGUCGCACCAACUUCAACAGCACCAGCCACCGCAUAGAUUGGACGUCGCCGCUGGUGCCCCCCGUCAAAACGACACGGACAACGUGUCCAACGAUUCGUACCUGACGUCGUCGCACAGCGUGAUGACGGGAGAGUCAGUAUCACCACCGUUGGCCGCCGGCGGCGGGGGCGGCGGCGGUGGCGGCGGCUUAUCGCCCGACGUCAUGGGCGCCGCCGGCUGCGGCACGUGCUGUACCGUUGCGGGCGGUGUGCCGGGCGACCGGGCCGGUUCCGAGUCCGCCGUGGCCGCCGUGUGCUCGUGCCAGCUGGCCGCGGCCGCGUCGUUGCCGCCGCACUACGCCAGCCACCGCAGCACGCCGGCCACCACAGCAGUGUACGCGCCGUACCCGUCCACGGACCAGAACCCGUACCCCAGCAUCGACACGUCGUCGUUCUACCCGCACUUGAGCAAUCCGUACGGACUGAAAGACUCGACGGGCUCGUCGGACAUGUGGUCCAGCGCCAGUCUGCAACCAUCCACCGGCUAUUAUCAUUACGACUCCACUCUGGCAGCUUACGGGUACAGCGCAGGAUACGACUUGGCGGCCAGGCGAAAGAACGCGACUCGGGAAUCGACGGCCACGCUCAAGUCGUGGUUGAACGAGCACAAGAAGAACCCGUACCCGACCAAGGGCGAGAAAAUCAUGUUGGCCAUCAUUACUAAGAUGACCCUCACGCAGGUGAGCACUUGGUUUGCAAACGCUAGAAGACGGUUGAAAAAGGAGAACAAGAUGACGUGGGAGCCCAAGAACAAGACGGACGAUGACGACGACGAUGCCGGAUCUUCGGACUGCGAGGACAAAGACAAGGACGACAUGCUGAUGGGUGACGAGAAACUAAAAGAUAUCAGAAAAGAAAGCCACGGCGAUCACAUGAUGGGGCCGGGCGUGAUGUCGGACGGUGACGAUGACCGAAAGCCGAUGCUGCAACACCUCUACCACCCCGAUCAGAUGCACCACAUGAAAGUGCACCAUCACGUGAUGCAAGACGACCACCACCAGGACUGCGGUAUACCAUUGCCGCCGACCAAACCCAAAAUAUGGUCGCUGGCCGACACGGCCGCGUCCAAGACUCCGCCACCGGGUCACCAGUGGCCGAACGUCAGCCCCAGCCUCGCGUCGCCCAGUUUCACAAUGCCCAACUCGUCGCUGUCUCCGUCCGGAUCGUCGUAUUCCAGGUACGGUGCUAACGGGUUUUACGGCAGCGGCUACAAUGGCGGCAACAGUAAUUCGUCGUCAUCGUCGGCCCAGCAAAUGGCCGGAUAUCCUGAUGUGCAGACCGACACGCCGCCGCAGACCCCGCCCAACAUGAAGUUACCGUUGUCCGCCUCUUCCGGUCAGCAGCAGCAACAGCAGCAGCAGCAACAGCAACAACAACAGCAGUUCGGCGGCCAUCAGGGUUCUUAUAACGGGUACCAUCACCAUCACCAACAGCAGCAGCACAACAACUAUCACCACCGGCAACACGUGCCGCCACCGCCUCAACAGCAGCAGCAGCAGCACGAAGUCAUCAGAUCGGUUCUGGAGGUACAGCAGCAACAGCAACAGUACCAUCAACAGCACGUAUCCAUCAACCAACACAACAACAACAAUAACAACAACAGCAACAACAACAAUAACAACAAUACCAACACUAACAACAACAAUCAUCAGAUGGUGGGUGCUGCUAACGACGCUAAUACGGCUUUCAAACCGUUUUACAAAACUCCUGCACAACUGCAGCAUCCGCAACAACUUCAGCAUCAGCAGCAGCAGCAGCAGCAGCAACAGCAGCAGCAACAAAGACAGAUGAACGGUUACGUGUCACCCGUGUAAUCGCCUGCCGUGCCCCGAUCGACUGGCUGCAGCCUCCCGGGACUUCUGGACGACGCCCGGGUUACGCCCUGUUCCCUGUACGCCGACGGCACCGAGACGGUUCUUCGACUGCGCUACGUUCACAACAUCCAAUCACUUCGCCGCCUUGGUGUGUGCAUCAUACCCCCGGACGUUAUUUGAUUCCGCGUCGCGAAACGGUUUUUAACCGUUCUAACAUUCUUCUGUAGAUUUGUAAAAACUAACUUACAAUUAUCAUUAUAAUUAUUAUUAUUCUAAAUAUUAUUAUUAUUAUUAUUAUUAUUAUUAUUACUACUUACAUACAUAAUAUUAUAUAUAUUGUAUAUCGUUGAAAAAUUACGUUUGUGUUCUCAAAAUAAUAUAUUAUUAGCCACCCCUCUCUCGUGUGUAUUUGCAAAUAUGAAUGUAAUAUAACGUAAUGUAUUAUACUAGAAUUAUGUAUUUACGGUGUGCACACGCGUUAAUGUGUGCGCGCGUCAGAAAUACACGAUCGCCCGUGCGAUUAUUUUACUAUAAAUAUAUUAAAUAUAUGUAUCUAAAACUACGUGUUAUCUAUUAUGAAUAAUUUGUAAAUAUGGAUUUAUAUUUUAAAAAUCGAUUUGGAGUGCAAUUUGAGGGGAAAUAUAUUAUAAUAUGUCUAUUAUUAG